AUGCAAAAACUGACGGAGCACAUAGACGAACUGAAGCAGAGAAUCGCUGCUUGGGGAAAGCGGAUUCGGCGAUAUACCGAGAAGUCGACACGGUUCAACCAGAAUCGUCUCUUCCAGAGUGAUCAAAAGAGGCUCUAUAAAGCAUUGGAGCGACCAAUGGUAAGUGGAACGGACCCAGUACCGAAUCAAGCCGACACGGUCGCAUUUUGGCGCAGCCUGUGGUCAGAACCCGUAAACCACAACGAGGGCCCUUGGACAGAAGUUGCGGCGAGUCAGUGUGCGGGUAUUAGGACCCCACGCCGGAUAACGUAG